AUGCAGUUCGCCGGAGCCAUCCUGCUCCUCCUCCUGCUCGUCCCCUGCGCCGAGGGACAACCGCCCGAGGCGACGCCGGCGGGGGGCUUGGCGAUCGAGCAGAUCCUGUCCAAGAACGGGUGCGGCGCCUUCGCCGGCCUCGUCGCCGCCACGGCCGGCGUGGGCCAGGCGCUCCGCGAGCAGGGCGACGCGGGGCUCACCGUGUUCUGCCCGGACGACGGCGCGGUCGCGGCGUUCGCCCCGCGCUUCAGCAGCCUCACCGCCGCCGGCCAGGCGGCGCUCCUUCUCCACCACGGGCUGGCGGCGCGCUCCGCCGAGUUGGAGCGCUUGCUGACCCACGGCCACAGGCAUAUUGAGGUGCGGACGCUCGACGGCGGCCGCUGGGGGUACGGCGUGGUCACCAUCUGGUACUACGGAGGCGCCAUGGAGCUCUCCUCGUCGCCGCCGUCGCUCACGACGCCGGUCGAGGCCAGGGUCACCAGCACGGUCGUCUACAACGACCGGCUCACCGUCUACCUCAUCGACGCCGUCCUGGUUCCGGGACCGCCGGCGCUGUUCGACUACUCGGACACCUUGGUGACCAUUUGCGUCAUGCUCGGGCUCUGGAUGUUAGUCUUGGGGUCGUGUGGUGCCAUUUGUUCGUGAAUGAGAAGAUCGUGCCAGAGUUGCGCCAUAGGUGAUCUCCGUCCUUGAUGCACACGCUGGUGCUCAGCGCAGUGGGCAAAGGGCACUGUUGGUGGAACUUUUCCUAUGUAUAUUAGUGUUUAGUUACUUUUGGAUCUAGACUCCAUGUCAUGUAAGAAAAUGUUGUUGGCCAUGAAUUCUUCUGUACCUAACUUAGUACUCUGAUCCAUUA